AUGGCAACUUCGAUCUUUCCUGUUGCUUAUCCCCCUACGCCUGCCUUCGGUUUCAGGCCCUACGUGCCGCCAAAGGCGCGGGAAACACAACAGCGUGAUCGUGCACCCACGUCCAUCGGUGCGCCGCGAUUGAGCUCCGUCGAGGGGUCUCCAGCUGUCGAUGGUGGAGAACACGCCAGCGAGGCGGCGAUGGGUGACCCCAAAGGCUGUGAGUCACAAGGGAACUCGUUGGAGAGUGCUCCUGUUUCUUCUCCGGUUGGGCUCGCGCCUUUCAAUGAGGGGCUGCCCAUCCAUAUGGGAACCACUGCGGGCGAGGAGGCGGCGAGCCCCGGCGAUGAUGGAUUUAUACAUAUUGACAAGUUCCCCGACGUCGAAUCUCUUCUACCUGGUAAGUCCUCUAUCUAUCCUCGUCCAGGCAAGGGCAUCGGCAGCGAACAAGACGUAUCUUUGUCUCAGCAGAAACCGCCGGAAAAUGAGUCUCAUCGCAACGCUGAGCAUCUGCGCAGCUCUGACGACCGCGAGGGUACUUUUCUUCGCUCGAACCCAUCGCCUUCCGGGAGCAGUCAAGACCAUCCCAUCACACUGGACGGCGAUUACGAACCCGAAAUCGACGAGGGACGCGACGAGAAUGUAGAUGAAGACGCUGAAGGAGCAGACGUGACCGCGUUGCACCUGGGCCCGGCGAAGGGCUCACUGUGUGAGGAUGCGCAAGCUCCUGACUCUGAUGCUCGGUCAGAGGAGACCCGUGGCCAUGAUGGCCGUGGCUACAUCAGGCAGCGCGUAGCGGGGCCACGAACGCCCCUUCGUCGCAUUCUCGCGCCCGAAUCCGACCGUACCAUGAUCCCACCCGCUGGCCGCCAAGAAGGUUGGGGAUACCGGGUGACGGACGACCACCCAGCAACAAGUUGGCCACGGCGCGGUUCACUGUCCUCAACCAGCUCCGAUUCUGAUUCCGCGCUUCGCGCAGAGGAGUCUGGCAGCGAGGGCAGCGGUGUCGCCGCUCGUGAGCGACGUGGCCCCGGCCCUGUCUCUGGUGGGUGGCGUGCACCUGGCAGCGUUCGACUCACUGCUGCGAAAUCCCAGAUUGUCGACUUCGAAGAUCGUGAUCGAGAUGGCAAUGCUCGACGGUCGCGUUUACGGAAAGAUAGAGAUGACGGAAACAACACGACCGACAAUGCUGGCCACCCGGGACAUGAACUGAUCAAGCGGAAGCGUUUCAAGCGAAAGCGUUCUUCAUCUCACGGCCGAGAUCCUGUUCGACGGCAACGACACAUGCCUGUCUCUCCAAGACCACGCCAUGAUCACUCUCGACUGCGGCGCCGCUCGCGGACCGUUGAGGUGGAUGGACGACGCGAUCCGUCCCCUCUGCGUGGCCAUAAAAUGAAGUCGCGACCGAGCGAGGUUUGGCAGGUCGAUGCAAAUAAUGCUCGCGUUGGGGCGAAUGCAUUGCCUACAGAUUUCACCGCAGUCGGGAUUACCACUGUGAAAGAUGGCUUGGACAUCUUCACCAUCAGCACACCGACGCAUUGCCUAUCGGACGUGGACCUUAAAUGCUGGCCUGAAAAGCUCAUCGCCACUCGCCUUGGUCGCCAGGGGGUCGCAGAGGUUCUUCUGUACCAGCAAAGCUCGCCAGGGUUCAUCGUGGUGACUGGACGAUGGCACUCGGGCGCAUCUGCUGCUGGUGGUGCGUACAGCACCCCUUAUGGUCCCGUUCAUCGGCCGCGCCGGGUUGCGCCAACAGGCAGCGACGACGGACUAGCCAUGUCCGAUUACGAAAUGUCGCCGGAGCUCGACGUCGAUGGUAGCGACCAGGAGUCGUCUACAGGCUGUUCAAGACGAUCCCGGACGACGGAGCGCAAGGCCUGGUCGGAACUGGAGCGAGAUUGCAUGCUGGCGUACAUCAAGGAAGGGCGGUCCAAGGAAGACAUCUGCGAGAUGUUUCCCCUGCGAAGGCGUACCGCGGUCAUCGCACAAUACUAUAAUUUGCGCAAGCAGUGA